CUACAAUUUGGGCAGCGGCAUUGCCUCCAUCGUGGUGAAUGGCUCUUUCAGCGACGGCCGGUGGCACAGAGUCAAGGCUGUUCGGGAUGGGCAGUCUGGCAAAGUAACUGUGGACGAUUAUGGUGCCAGGACUGGUAAAUCUCCUGGGAAGAUGAGGCAGUUAAACAUCAAUGGAGAUCUCUAUGUAGGCGGCAUGAAGGAAAUAGCCCUGCAUACAAACAGGCAGUACAUGCGGGGCCUGGUAGGCUGCAUCUCUCACCUCACGCUCUCGACUGAUUACCACAUCUCACUGGUGGAGGAUGCCACCGAUGGGAAGAACAUCAACACAUGUGGGACCAAGUGA